AUGGGGUUCGCUGAUUGUAAAGUUGGUUAUGAUUACGUGCAUGCGUUUCAGCGUUACAAAGAUCUGAAAGCUACAUGGUCAGGCAUGAGUACAGCCGCCAAGAAGAAAGAAAUUGAUUCGAAGGAUUCAGAUCGACAAGCUAAACGUGCAGCAAUUGCUGCUAAAAUGAGAAAGCAAGCAAUGGAACAGAUGAAUCGAAUGCAAAAGAAUUUCGUCACCCAAAAUAAAGAUUUGUUGGAAGCACAAAAAAAAGAUGAAGAGCAAAUGAAUGCGGGAAGAGUGGCUGAUGAAGACGACGAACCGAUUGGUGUAUUACCGGAUGACAGCGGAUUCCCGGUGUGUUUAGGGGCAACGCGAUGUGUGGUUGAUGCAGUGUCAUCACGUCGAGUGACAUGUAUUUUGUGUCAAGAGACCGAGGAGGUCAAAUUCAGCGGUCGUGCUCUUGUUUGUGUUGCCUAUCAACAACAAUCGUGUCUCUUCAGACAACGUCAUUCAAAAAUACGCGCACCGAAUGAUUUACUUGUAGCGUCGAGUUUACCGUUUGGUAUUGGUGCGACCACGUGUGGACAUACAAUGCAUUUUGAUUGCUACGUUCAGUAUUGCGAUUUGUUGAAAUCUCGCGAUCGUGGUCGUCGUCAACAAGCACAACUGAAUCAGCGUAUGAUCGAUGUAGAGGCAAAUGAAUAUUUGUGUCCAUUGUGUAAACGUCUGAGCAAUACAGCUCUGCCUUUAUUGCCUUCACUUGCAUCGCUCAAUAUUAAAAGAUUUAGUGAGAAUCGAGGUCAUUCGAUUGAAUUUGAUGAUUGGGUGAAUACAUUUGGUGAACUCAUCAAUGAACCGCUCAAAUCGCAGACCACUAAAUCAGUUAAAACGCAUACACGAAAGCGGUUUGUUUAUUCACUUGUUCGGUGUUAUUAUUACUUUUAUAAUUAUCAUUAUCCUAAUCAGUAA